UGCAAUCCCAGCUUUCUCUCCUGCAGUCACUGCCUGUAGGGUGUGUAUAUAAGCCAGCCUGCUCUCACCCAUGCUUUCCUCCACACACAGGACCAGAACAACAGAACAUAGCAGCAGAAUGUCGGCUCCUCUAGCGCCCAGGGAGGCCGGCAAGUUCAUCACCGAGAACAGCAAGGAUGUGUUUGUGGAGCCGCAGGGUGUGAGCUCUCUGGCCAAGAAGCUGUUUGAGAAGAUUGGACGGAAGGAAAUCAGCCUGGCGGGAUGGAAAACUCUCCAUGAACUGAACCCACAGAGCUCCGGGGAAGACGCCGUCAACUGGGUGUUCUUUGCCGACACCUUAAACUUCUCCUUCUGGUCUGAAAGUCAAGAGAAGAAGUUCUUGGUCAGAUACAAGGGCAAAGAGUACAGCGGCUAUUGGGCUUUCUGUGCCGCCAUAAACAGAGCCUUGGAUGAAGGCAUUCCCAUAACUACAUCGUUUUAUUAUUCCAACGUAACCCUGGACCAGCUCCAGCAUAUCUUCCGCUCCGACACCGAUGUUCCCAUCACAAUGAUUGAUACCCGCCUGGAGAUCCUGCAUCAGACCGGAGAGAUUCUGAUGAAGAAAUUUGGAGGCUCGUUCCUGAACUGCGUGAAGAUGAGCAAGAAAAGUGCAGUGAAGCUGAUGCAGCUGGUGGUGGAGAAUUUCCCUUCCUAUAGGGAUGAAGGGGUCUUCCAGGGUCAGAAGGUGGCCUUUUACAAGCGGGCUCAGAUCCUGGUAGGAGAUAUCUGGGCUGUACUGGACGGAAAGACUGACGGCUGUUUCUACGACAUCCAUAAAAUAACCAUGUUGGCUGACUAUCGUGUUCCUCAGGCCCUGGUCCAUUUCGGAGUCAUCAGAUACUCAGAAGAGUUACUCAGAAAGCUGGAAGAAGGUUUCCUCUUUCGGAGCGGGGAUCGCGAGGAGAUGGAGAUCCGUGGCUGCUCGAUCUGGGCCGUGGAAUUGGUCUAUGAGCACCUGAAAAGUAUUUUCCAAGAGAAGAGACAAACUAUCGGCAACGACAUUAAUCCUAUUCUGAUCAAUAACUUCUUGUGGGAUUUUGCCCGUGAUAACAGGAGUGCGGUAGACGUUGUCCCUUUCCACAGAGUCAGGGGGAUCUACUACUAAACCACGAUCCUAAUAAACAAACAUCUCACUCUA